AAAGUGGCGCUAUGACUUGGAUGAGUUUAGAGACAAGAAAAAAAACGCAUCUGUUGGCUCUAUGCCAUGCCAUGCGCGUGGUGGUGGUACGCGCAAUCCGCCAUCCGCGCGCCAUGCCAUGCGCGCGGUGAGGAGCGACGGGGAGCAGCGGUGGGUGGAGGUGGGUGGUGGGGCGCGACUGCUGGUGCGCAAGGUGAUGGAUGCAGAUCGCAAGGCAGGCUUCCCGCAUCCGCGCACCAUGCGCGUGGUGAGGAGCGACGGCGAGCAGCGGUGGGUGGAGGUGGUGGGGCGCGACUGCACCCACCUCUCCCCUUCCACCGAUGCUACGUCCAUCGAUACAAUGAAGGGCGCAGCGGAGGGGGGAGGAGGGGGAGGGGAGCUGUGGGUGGUGAGUGACAUCACGGACCGGCUGAUCGUGCAGGAGAAGUUCCGCCUGCUCUUUGACUUCUCCUCGGAGAGGUUCCGCCUGCCCUUUGACUUCUCCUCGGAGAAGUUUCGCCUUCUCUUUGACUUCUCCUCCGUGCGUCUGGCCUUCCGAGACAUGCGCAUGGGUGUGGGUGGGUGUGUGGGUGGGUGCAUGGGUGGGUGUGUGGGUGGGUGCAUGGGUGGGUGUGUGGGUGGGUGGGUGGGUGUGUGGGUGGGUGCAUGGGUGGGUGUGUGGGUGGGUGCAUGUGUGGGUGUGUGGGUGGGUGCAUGGGUGGUGAACCACCCUGCCCUCUUCUCGCCUCCAACCACACACUCCCUCCCCUCUCCUCUCCCCUGCCAUUCAUUCAACCCCAUCCCCACCCAUUUCCUCUCCCCUGUCCGUCCGAACACCCACGCUCCCCGCUCUUCCCCUCUCCCCUCCCUCCUUCCCACAUCAGGAUGGCUAUCUGGUGACGGCUAUCUGGUGUUUGACGAGACGGGCAUCACGGAGUGCAACGAGGCGGCAGUGCGCUGCCUGCGCUGCCCCGAUAAGGCCAGCCUGCUGGGCCACCACCCGGCACUCUUCUCGCCGCUGAAGCAGCCGGACGGGCAGCUGUCCAAGGAGAAGGCGAAAGCCAUGGACCGCCGGGCAGAGCAGCACGGCAUGCACAAGUGCGUUGGACUGGGCAUGUGGUGGCGCCACCACCCCGCGCUCUUCUCGCCUCUGAAGCAGCCCGACGGGCAGCUGUCCAAGGAGAAAGCCAAGGCCAUGGACCGGCGGGCAGAGCAACAGGGCAUGCACAAUCCCAAUAGAAGUGACGCUGACCUUCCUGGAGGUGCAGCAGCAGCACCCCAUGUACCUGGUGGUGUGGCACGAGGUGGCGGAGAUCAAACAGCAGGCCGAGGAGCUCAGAACCGCCAAAACUCGCCCCCAUCCCCUCCCUUUCAUCCCUCCCUUUCAUCCCUCCCUUUCAUCCCUCCCUUUCAUCCCUCCUAUCCCUCCCAUCCCUCCCAUCCCUCCCCCAUCCCUCCCCUCUCCUCCCGCAGGUUCGAGUGGGUGUACCAGCGGUUUGACGGCUCUCUGGUCCCCAUAGAAGUCACUUUAACCUUCCUGGAGGUGCAGCAGCAGCACCCCAUGUACCUGGUGGUGUGGCACGAGGUGGCCGAGAUCAAGCAGCAGGCGGAGGAGCUGAGGGCCGCCAAGGACGCCGCUGAGAAGGCCAGCCAGGCCAAGAGCCAGUUCCUCGCCAACAUGAGCCAUGAGAUCCGUACCCCCAUGAACGGUGAGUGCUUUAUGGAUAAUCCGUUGAACAGUGAGUGGGAGAAGGCCAGGCAGGCCAAGGAGCGGCACGAGGUGGCGGAGAUCAAGCAGCAGGCGGAGGAGCUGCGAGCCGCCAAGGACGCUGCUGAGAAGGCCAGCCAGGCCAAGAGCCAGUUCCUCGCCAACAUGAGCCAUGAGAUCCGUACCCCCAUGAACGGUGUGAUAGGAGUGGCGGAGCUGCUGCUAGGCACGGACCUGACAGCAGAGCAGCGCUCGUACCUGGAGAUCAUCCGCUCCUCGGGGGACAACCUGCUGAGAAUCAUAUCGGACGUGCUGGAUCUCUCCAAGAUCGAAUCCAAGAACCUGGCGCUAGAGCGCAUCGAGUUCAACAUCCAGCAGCAGGUGACAGAGGCACUGGCGCUGCUAGAGGUGGUGGCGAAGGACAAGGGGCUGUAUUUGGAGCUGGAGAUCGGUGAGGAGGUGCCGUCCGUGGUGGUGGGCGAUCCAGUGCGGUUGAGGCAGGUGCUGCUGAACCUCAUCUCCAACUCCAUCAAGUUCACCGACAAUGGCGGCAUGACAGUGGAUCUGCGUCUGCGUCUGGCCACCAAAGAGGAGAUCAGAUCAGAGAGUGGCGGCAUCACAGUGGAUCUGCGUCUGGCCACAGACGAGGAGAUCAAAGUGGUGCUUACGAAAAUUCUAAAAAACACUCGGUCCCUCUCUCCCUUCUCCGCCGCUUCCCUUUCUUCCCCCCCACCCAGUGGCGGCAUCACAGUGGAUCUGCGUCUGGCCACAGACGAGGAGAUCAGAGAGGUGGAAGAACAGGCAGCUACCCCGAAGCUUCCUGCAGACAGCAGCAGCACCACCACCGCUACCACCACUGCCGCUGCUGCUGGCGGCGGCGGUAGCAGUGGCGGCGGCAGGAGCGGGAACCAGAGCAAGGGCGGCGGCAAGGGGAAGGAGGGGGAAAGCGAGGAGGAGAGCGAGGGGGAGGGCGAGGGGGAGAGUGAGAGUGAGAGUGAGGGAGAGGGUGAGAGUGAAAAUGUGAUGGUGCGGUUUGAGGUGAGGGACACGGGGGUGGGCAUGGACGAGAGUGCGCGCAGCCGGCUGUUCAAGGCGUUCUCGCAGGCCGACAACUCCACCAGCCGCCGCUACGGUGGCACGGGGCUUGGGCUGGCCAUCUGCAAGAGCCUCUGCAACCUCAUGGGAGGGGAUAUCAGCCUUCACAGCCAGGUGCGUGAGGUGAGGGACACGGGGGUGGGCAUGGAUGAGAGUGCGCGCAGCCGGCUGUUCAAGGCGUUCUCGCAGGCCGACAACUCCACCAGCCGCCGCUACGGCGGCACCGGGCUGGGCCUCGCCAUCUGCAAGAGCCUCUGCAAUCUGAUGGGAGGGGAUAUCAGCCUUCACAGCCAGGCCGACAACUCCACCAGCCGUAGAUACGGCGGCACCGGGCUGGGCCUGGCGAUCUGCAAGAGCCUCUGCAAUCUCAUGGGGGGCGAUAUCAGCCUUCACAGCCAGGUGGGCGUGGGGUCCACCUUUUACUUCCACGUGCGAGUGGGCGUGGUGAGGCGCGAUGCUCAGUCGGCCACCGCCUCAGCAGAGCAGUCGCUCACGAGCGAUGUGGAGCCGCUGUGGAAGCACCUGCAGGACCUGAGAGUGCUCGUGGCGGAGGAUAAUAAAGUGAAUCAGAUGGUGGCGACGCGCAUGCUGCACAACCUGGGCCUCAAGUACGACGUGGUGGAGAACGGCAAGCUCGCCGUGCGGGCGUGCUCCGAGCGCUGCUACGAUGUGGUGCUCAUGGACUGUCACAUGCCGGAGAUGGAUGGGUUUGAAGCCACGCGGAAGAUCAGAGAGAUGGAGGCAGAGAGGCUGCAGGUGUACACAGCAGCCAUGGCCGCCUGUGGCAACGGCUCCCCUUACGGCAGCGCCGCCAGCUGGGUGGCAAACACUAACAGUGAUGCUAGCGAUAGCGAGGCCAGCUCUCCCUCCCAGCCCCGCCGCGCGCACAUGCCGCCGCGGCCGCACCGGACGUUUAUUGUCGCGCUUACCGCAUCUGCUCUUAGCGAGGAUAAGGACAGCUGCAUGGCUGCUGGGAUGGAUUAUUAUUUAUCGAAGCCGAUCCGGCCGCGGGAGAUUGAGAAGGCGAUUCGGGAGAGUCUGACGCAGGCGAAGAGCCCGACGGGCUGUGCCUCUGAUGACUCCUCCCGCGCCCGCCCCCGCCCACGCGGAGGGGCCACUGCACCCACUGGCCCCACCACUGCUGCUGCUGCCAGUACUGCCAGUGGUGGCAAGGGUGGUGGCAGUGGCUUGGCUGGUGGGAUGGGAGAGGUGGGAGGUAGACGAGGAGGAGCAGGUGGUGGCGUUGCUGCUGCUGCUGCUGCUGCUGCUGCUGCUGCUGCUGCUGCUGCUGGCAGUGGUGGCCGUGCUGCUGCUGGUGGUGGUGUGUUUGCAGCAUCCCCUCAGGCUCACGCCAGCUUCCCUCGUUCUCGCAGCUCUGCCACGCCCAGGUCAGCCGAGUCCAUUCCUCUUGACCCCGGGGCAGGCUUGGCCGGACCUGAGGCUCGGCACCGAGCCAAGUCUCCCCUGGUUCGGGCAAAGUCAGGUGUGGGGCCUGAAAUGGGCAGAAUGAGAAGAGGGGAGAGAGGAGGAGAGGCGGGUGGGAGAGGAGGAGGAGGAGGAGGAGGAGGAGCAGGAGGAGGAGGAGGGGAGAAAGGAAGGAAGUUUCUAGACGCCUUGCCAGCAGCAACAUCAGCAGCUUCCAGGAAGCUGCACGGGCAGGGGGACGAGUGUUUGCCGGCCAGGCAGCCUCCUUCGGCCCUGUCUGUGCGCGCUCGCUCCCGUUCCAUGUCCAUGUCCAUUGCCUACAUGAACUUCCAGGUGGAGAGUGAUGAUGAGGAGGACGAGGAUGGUGUGUUGGGAGGGGGCCCCAACGGAGCCUUCUCCCAGGGCUGGCUCGCAGGAAGAUCUGGCAGCGGCUCAUAUGCCUCUGCUCCUUCUGCUUCUGCUGGUGCUUCUGCUUCUUCUGCUGCUUCCCCUGCUGGUGCGAGUGGGUCAGACAGUGGCAAGGUGGGAAGGUUGGGGGGAGGACGUGGGGGGUUGGCUGGAGGGGGGACGCGGGAUGAGUCUUUUGGCGGUGGAGUGAGGAGUUUGGGCAGGAGAGAGGGGUCUGGGGGAAGUGGGGGAGAGGGUGGUGGAGCAGGAGGAAGAGUGAGAGGAGGAGAAGGAAAGGGAGGAGGAGGAGGGGGAGAGGGAGGACAGAGGAAGUUGUCUCGGAGCGGGUCGCAAAAGAGGAUGUGGGAAACGGGCACCCCGUUGCAGAGUGAUGAUGAUGAUGAGGAGGAGGAGGAUGAGGGGGAGGAGGAGGAAGAGAGCACCGGAGUAGAGAAUGGAAUAACAGCAGGGAGUGGAAUAACAGUAGAGAGUGGGGCAUGGCUAGGCAGGACAAUAAAGAAAGAUCGCGGCUGGGGGAAGGGACAGGGAGAGGGGGAGGAGGGGGAACGGGGGGAGCAGGGGGAGCGGGGGGAACAGGGGGAGGAGGGGGAGCUGGGGGGGGAGCGGGGGCAGCGCCUCCCAAGAGCAUCUUACGAGUGUCCACGUCUGAAAGUUACUCCCGGCAGAACUCACAGUCAGGCGCGGGUGCAGGCGGGCAGGAGCGCAUGGCUGAGAGCCCCAGGCACGGGAGAAUACCAAGACCUGAUGGCAGAGGGGGGAAGCCUCCGCCUUCCGGGGGAAAUGCGCCAGGGGGAGGGGGAGGGGCGCCGGGCGGGCGGACAGGGGGGGCAGGGGCGGGCGGAGGGGGAGGGGGGGGGUGGGGGGAGGGGGAAUCCGGGAGGGUCGGGGCUGGGGAGAGGGGGCGGGGGAAGGGGAGGGGGUGGGGGGGAAGGUGUGGGGGAGAGUAGAGGAGAGGGGGCGGUGCGGGCGGCAGGGGGGGGAGGUGAGGGGAAGCAGAGUGAGAGCUACGGGGCAGGCAGGGGUGGUGGGUCUGGUCCCGGCAACCCCGCUCCUGUGAAUGCAUCCAAGGGUGGGCCUAUGGGCACUCCUGGUAGUCUCAGGCGGGUCAACAGCAGCAGUCCCUACAGCGGCAGCGGCGGCAGCAGCGGCAAUGGCAGCAGUAGAAGCCCGUUGGCAGAACAGCGAGAGGGCGACGGGGUCUCCUCUGCAGCAGCAGCAGCAGCAGCAGACAACGGGCAGCAAAGAAACACCUCUGGGUCAGACGGGCAGCCAAGAAAAUCCUCGCCGGGCUCUCCGAUGGAAGCCAUGCGGUCGCUGACAGACAGCCGCCCGCGCACCAGCGGAGAACUGUCCAACCGCAUGGGCGGCGCGGCAGGGAAGGGCCUACCCCGCGGGGGGAGCACCGGGGGUGGGGGAGGGGGAGCGGGGGGGGGAGGGGGGGUGCAGAGGGCGCAGUCGAUGUCCCCCCUGUGGCGCAGCACGAGCAUGGACCCGGGGUCGCUGAGUGCUGGGGGGGGAAGGCAGCCGCGCACCGGGUCGGAGCAGCGGGCGGCGCAGGACAUGCGCAUGUGGAUUGAGCGCGCCAGUAACCCCAAGAUGGACGAAUGGCUCUCGCAGGUCGUCUCCAGCUCGCCUCCGCCCGUCCCGCGUGGCGUGAAGAAAUCCAGCAGCAGCGGCACCACCCCUCUGCUGCACUCUGCCGACCGGCCCCCUUUACAGUCACACUCGCGCUCGACCUCCCACUCACACGUGCCGUCCCAUCCCUCGCAGCAUCCCUCCCCUCCCCUCCAGCAACAGCAGCAGCAGCAGCAGCAGCAGCGCAAGUCGCUUAGGCGCAUGCAGAGCUCUCCGUCCCUGUCCCCCAUCAGCAGCCCCACUGCGGAGGAGAGUGAGAAUAUGUUCCGAGAGGAGGGUGGGGAGGAUGGGGAGGAGGAGGAGGAAGAAGAGGAGGAAGAGAGUGAGGUGGUGAGGGGCAGCUGGAGGAGUGACAGGAGAGGGGCGGCUGAUGUGAUGACUCACCGGUCGGUGUAUGAUGAGUCCAUGGAGGCACUGAAAUGA